AUGACCCUUAAAGAGGUGACCGUUGUGUUUGUUUUGGCACUCUCAGGGGUUUUUGCCACUGUGAAGGAAGGUGAAUAUGCGAUUCUAGAUCUAUUCAGAUGGUGCAUCCUAAAUGACAUUGCAAUGCAUACCAAAUUCUCUGGAUCAAAAAGAGCCGAUGACAAUGGAUCGGAGAUACCUUUCAAACCCGAAAAAACCGGCCAGCCAGCUGGACCAGGGGCUUCUGGUAUUGGAAUUUUUCCAGGAACCAAAUGGUGUGGACUUGGAAACGAGGCAACGUCGUACACAGAUCUAGGAAAAUUCAACGCUACAGACGCCUGCUGUAGAACCCACGAUCAUUGUCCUUACUUCAUUGACCACUUUGAGACAAAGUAUAACUUCCGCAAUCCGUAUCCAUGGACGCUGAGCCACUGUGAUUGUGAUAACAAGCUCUACAAUUGUCUAAAGUCUGUCAACACGACCGCCGCAGACGAGGUGGGAAAGUUGUUUUUCGGACUGCUUAACGUGAACUGUUUUACGUUCCAUAAAGGACAGUACUGCCAGCAGGAGCAUUGGUCCCAUCUUUUCUGCGAGAAAUAUACAACCGGUGAACGGGCUGUCACUCAAACAUUUCCUCACAAAUGGAGCGAUACUAUCGGAUAAAUAUCGUUUUCACAAAUAUUAAAUAUUAA